CAACACCUCUCCUCCCGUGGUAUACAUUCUUACGUUAUUACUCCAUCUGCGCCUUCUCACACAGAGGACCCCAGCAUAUAGCAAAGACAAAUUCUACACACGCACGCAUAUACGCUGCAGAGAUGUCGAUGCUCGCAUCACCACUCAAGCCCUCGGUCGCCGGUCCGUCCAAGUUGGCUGCGGCGGCUGCUCGCCGCUUUGCCACUUCUAGCCCCGCGCGCCUUGCGACUCCAGUCAACGCCAAGCUUCAGCACUUGAAAGAGUUCAAGAUCUAUCGAUGGAACCCGGACAAGCCGGCUGAGAAGCCGCGUCUGCAGACCUACACGCUCGACCUUAACGCCUGUGGGCCCAUGGUCCUUGAUGCGCUCAUCAAGAUCAAGAACGAACACGAUCCCACUCUCACCUUCCGGCGCUCGUGCCGGGAGGGUAUCUGCGGAAGCUGCGCCAUGAACAUUGAUGGUGUCAAUACCCUCGCAUGCCUGUGCCGCAUUGAGAAGAAGGGUGACACUAAGAUUUAUCCACUGCCACACAUGCACAUCGUCAAGGACCUCGUUCCAGACUUGACCCAGUUCUACAAGCAAUACAAGUCGAUUGAGCCAUACCUCAAGAGCAAGAACCCGCCCGAGAAGGGUGAGCACCUUCAGUCACAGGAGGAUAGGCGCAAGCUGGACGGUCUGUAUGAGUGCAUUCUCUGUGCAAGCUGCCAAGGGUCUUGCCCUUCGUACUGGUGGAACUCGGACGAAUACCUCGGUCCUGCGGUGCUCAUGCAGGCUUACCGGUGGAUGGCGGACUCGCGCGACUCGUAUGGUGACGAGCGUCGCGAGAAGCUCGAAAACACUUUCUCGCUCUACCGUUGCCACACCAUCUUCAACUGCACACGCACAUGCCCUAAGGGUCUGAACCCGGCGAAGGCUAUCGCUCAGAUCAAGAAGGAUUUGGCUGUCGGACCCCCUGCAAUCAGCAAGAGGCCCGUUAUUGCUGAAGCAUAGAACACGCUUUCUCUCAUUGAAAGACAGGCAUGGACGACAGCGCAUGUUUCCACUUGCAUCAUUUUGGUGCUGACCGCAUGUAGCAAUCGCACAUUUGGCAGGCAAUACAUGCACUGCAUAGGCAUUGACGC